GCGAACAACGCGUUCCGUACCAGCGGCAUCUGAACACAACAGAAGGUUUUUCUUCUCUUCAACCGGUACAUUUAUAUCUUCGUAUUCUAUUCUCUUCUGGGCACCUUCGACCACUCACGAAUCCUUUUUUGCUUUGUGAUACUUUCGCGUAUUUCGUUGUUUCCUGCUUUCGCGCUGGUGUGACUGUGUGACUCGUCUUUGCCAUCGACGAGAUCGUCAAUACAUCUUCUCUUCCUUCUUUUCCUUUUGUUUUUGCGGUUGGGUGCGUGGUGGACGGUAGAGCUCACGCACACGCACACACGCAUACGUCUUCAUUAGUGUUGCCGUGCAUCUUGUGAUUUCGGCGAGCGUUUCACAAUUCACUUGACUUGACGGUGUAGCAACUCUCUCUCUCUCUCUAUAUAUAUAGCCGCAGGCAGCUGCAGCGAACCCAAACAGCCGACCAAACACACAAAAAUUUCUUGAGUCCAGAAGAGCCGCUUGCUUUCUUCUUCCAAGGGAUUUUUACUUUCUCGUGUUUCUUUCUGUGGUUUUGAGAAUACACACCACUCACGCACCCACCGAUAAAGCGGUGCAGCAACGGGGAAAGCAACACACAGGAAGUACGCCUCAAAGAUAUUUCCUGCCACUUUGGUUUGUCAACGGCGGUGUUGUUGCCGCACCGCCUAAGUCCGCCCCUGUGAGAGCGAGAAGCGCGCCACAGAGUAGUACAUUAGAUUAGAAAAGGCUCCUCUCCGCAACAGAAGACACAGGAGUCGCCCCUUUGCUUUCUGCGCUCCUUCUUCGCUUCUUACAAGUUUUCCAUUUUUUCUCUCUGCGCUAUUUCUGCCGGUUGUUUUUGUUUUUCUCCCGUUUCCUUGCUGUCGUUGAUAUUUCGAAUCACCUCCUCCUUCUUCUUCCUCCCCCCCCCCCGCUACUUCCAACGUCGAGCGCGCCGCUUUUUCGGCCUUGCGGUCGUGUACUUAAGUAAAAGCGCUUAUAAAUAUUUUCUAAGCUGCUCUCGCCGCGUGUGUACUCAGCUCGUUGUGUCCGUGCGUGUUCGCCUCGCUGCCCGUUUUCUCUGCCGUGAAAAGCCAAGCUGAAAACGAAGAAGACAACUAUAAGAGCUGGAGCAGCAGUGAUCUUUCUUUCUACUUCUUUGCGAGAACGGGGGAAGAGGGUGACAGGAGGUGCCAGCUUUCGACCCCACACACACCAACAACAACAAAAGAAAAGCGCAUUACGAACUGUUGUACGGGAGGCACGCUUUUGUUUUUGUUUUCCUUCUCGGAAAUCGCAGCGGCGGCGACUGCGGCUACUCGAGGAGAUUUUGUUUUGUUUCCAUUUCAUUGUUUCUGCUUUCCUGUUAGACGGAAGGCGGGGCGAGCUGCUGGGCGCGUCAUCACUGCUGUCUCAGUUAUCGUUGCGAGCGACAACCGUCGUGAGGUGGAUUCCGUGUAGACGGAUAAGCCAAGAACAACAUAUAUAUUUCCAUGAAGAGCGGAGAUAAUAGUAAUAAGAGACGCUGACUCGAUCGAUUCAUCGUUAUUCAUUUUUCUUUUCGCCAGCCCUCCUUUUUCCUCUGCUAGAUCGCUGUGUUUCUGUGCACCUUCAGUUUGAGUCUAUACACUUAUAUAUAUAUUCUUUGUUGUACUUCACUGCGUGUGUGUGUCUGUUCGCUGCGUACGAAUGCACAUCCUUGAGGUCAACCACGGCGGUGGCGAGAUCCACCGCCACUUUCUCCUGCCCGGCCAGACCUACACGCUGGGACGCAAGGAGUGCCGCAUCUUGCUGCCCGCCGCAGAGCCGUCUAUCUCUCGGCACCACGCCACCAUCGUCGUCUCGCCCAUGCCGCGCUGCAGCGUACUCGACCCGUCUGCCCAGCUCGAAAUCAAAAUCGAAGACGUUUCGAAGCAUGGCACCUUCGUGGACCGUGAGCGAGUCGGCAAGGACAACACCCGCUUCUUGUACCCGGAGGACCGCAUCCGAUUCGGGCUGCGCGUGACGGCGCGGAUCAUCCCGAUGAUGUUGGUGGUCGGCAUCUCGCCGGAUCUGACCGAUGAGGGCUUGGAUCUCGUGCUGGACGCUGCCGUGCACAUCGGUGCCCUUGUGGUGGAGGACGCGAUCCCGGCACCGCAGUACUACUACGAGCGCCACACCAACUGCGUCGGCUUCCUCUACGUAGCGGAGGACAACUUUGUGAUGGAGGAGACGAUGAUGCAGGCGCUGGGCUACGGCUACACCUUGGUGACGCCGGGCUACAUCGCCCACCUCGCGAAGGCGCUCGAGGAGAAGGAGACGUUAAUGCCGAGCGAGUUCCCCGGGCCGUCGUCGCCGGCGCCCGCCUCAGUCGGACUGCGCGCCGUGCACUACCGCCGGCCCGCCCAGACGUUCUUCUCCGUGAGGGAGUUCCUUUCCAUCGGCCGCCCCAUCGUGGCGAGUGUCUUUCAGGGUUACACCUUCCUCGUGCUGGACGAGGGCGUCGGGGAGGCCUACAACGACGUACUGCAGCUGUUUGGCGGCAAGGUAGAGGCGCUUGCCCUGGAGGCCGUCCCACAGUGGCGCCUCCAGCACCCGCAGACCGGCGCCUACCCCCUGACCACCUGUGCGUUGCUGGCGGAAGGCCACUUCCGUGCGAUUUCGGAGACGGUGAUGGAGCGCGGCGGCGGUCGCGGCGACUUCAACACCCGACACGACCUCCCGACGUUCGUCGCGUACCUGAGCCUCUACCGGUACGGGGUGUGCUUAAUACCAGAGGAGAACAUCCACCUCGCGUUGUACCGCAACGAUGGCAAGGAGCUGAAUACGAAGAAGACCGCGUGCUACCUGCAGCGGACCAGCGAGGACGUCUUGGCGGACACGACACCGGCAUCAUCAUCAUCGCCAACAGCCGUGGCAGCGCCAUCAGCACCUACAGCAGAGGUGGUGGUAGCAUCAGAGCCGGUUUCCCGCAAGGGCAGUGGCCCGUCUUUAGAAGGGGCAGCAGCGGCGGGUCAACGCUGCAUUGGCCCGACGCGCGGUCCGCAGUCUCCUCUCACGGCCCCGCCGGCGUCCUCCAACGUGUCGCAUCUGGUCUCCGUGCAGGCCCGCCGCUCACGCGAGAACUCCUUCGGCUCAGCCCCUUCGACCAACAGUGCGGAGGGCACUGAUAAGUCAUCUGCCGCCGCGGCAUUCCUCCCACCUGCCUCUGCGAGUAACGCACCGGUAAUUGCCGGGCGCAGCCGCUCUCGCGCGGGCAGUCCCGCAGCGGUCAGCGCCCCGCUGCCUGCAGCAAACGGUGCUCCGUCCUCGCAAGCUUCUGCACAGAAGGACUUAGUCGCCCGGACGGCGGAGACAGCCCAGCCGACGGCGGCUCCUGUGGUUGCUGCUGCUGCUGGGUCGCUUCCUUCUGCCACAUCGUCAUCACCACCGCGAGCGCUCGAUGGGGAGGCGCUAAAAGACAGUGCCGCCGCAGCCGUGCCCCCCCUCAAGCCGGUCAACAGCGGCAGCACCUCCACCGCUCCCUUAGACGCCAACUCCGCUACGAUAUCACCCGCAGAGACGCCGACGGCGGUCGUGAAGCCGUCGACCACUUCCUCAGCAACACUUGGCUCCACCACCGGGGCAGCGCCUUCCCCGGCCGAUCACGCCAAUGCAGUCACGUCCUCCUCCUCCCCCACCGCUGCAGAGGAGAACUGCUCGGCCAAUCGCGAAGCAGCGCUAACAAGCGAUUCGAACGCACCGGCGACGCGCAGCCGUCUUUCCGGGCGGCGGGGCUCGCACCCCUUCAGCCUCGUUCUUCGCCCUCGCUACGACAGCGGCGAGCGCACCAACAUCGGCAGCGAGGACGACGAGGGAGAGGCGCAGGGCAGCGAAAGGCGGGCGUCGAGUACGGCGGAGAUCAACGGAGGCGGAGGAGAGGAAGAGGCACAGGAGGACGGACCCGCAGCGUCGCCGCCAACGCGUCCCACGACACAGUCCUCUGUCCGCCGUGCAAGUGCGAGUCGGCGGCGCCCCAGCCUCGGCGCACCGCCCUCGCCGGUGAAUCAAUCACUGAAGAACGAGGAGGUGGUGCGGCCCCGGACCCGGGCGAACUCCAAUGCGCAGCAGACCGCCUACACCGCCGCCCUCGUCGCGCAGGGCCGGCGGUCGGUCGGGCAAUCAGAGGAGCGCCCCCCACUAGCUCCGUCGGAGGAGGGACAGCACCUCAUCUCGAUGGAGGAGGCACAACGCCGCAGCAGCGGAUCGAUGGAGCUGAGCAACCCUAGGAUGCCACCGCUGCCGCCGGCCACUGCACCGGCCACCACCACCACUACCACCACUACGUCAGCGACAGCAGGAGCGGCGGCCACGGCGGCGGCGUCGUCUGCGCCAUUUUUGCAGCGGGUGCAGCCCAAGACCGCUGGCCACACUGCCCCCACUUUCAAUUCCGCUUCCACCGCCCCCAUCACGACGGCGACACCGCCUGAGUCAGAGAAGGCCGUGGGCAACAACAGACCAGGCGUGACCCCCACCCACGUCUCGGUGCGGCGUGGCGAGCAGCGACUGACCACCGCCGCUUCUGUCCCGACCCCGCGCCGGAGCGUUGUGCGCGUCAACCCGUCUCUCACCAGCGUCCACGUGGAGCGCUCCGCCUCCCCGCCGCAGAGCUACUCCAAGCUGCGGCGCUACACGACGCCCGAGCGCGAUGUGGUGGUGCACGGCGCAGUGCAGGUGGCGAAGUCACCGCCGCGGCAACGGGUAGAGGCGGUGCGCAUCACCAACGCGGCCUCGGCGCGGCGCACGUCCGUCCCGCGCGACCGCGAGGCGUCCGUCUCCUUUCACGUCGACCCGGAGGAGGCGCCCACCUCGGCUGUUGCUGCCGGUGGUGAUGGCAGCAAUGGCAGCAUGGGCGACCGUCGCAGCGUGCUGCGUCGUGAGUCAGUCAGCGCCGUCAACCGACCACCGCCGGCGAGUGGGCCGGCGACCCGUCGCGCCUCUUCAUCCUUCCAGCGUUCCGACAGCGCGCAGCGGCGAGAGAAGGCGACGCCGCUCCGGCUGGGGACGUCGCGUGUCUCGCAAAGUGUGCCGCGGACAGGGACGAAGGUGUACAGCAGUGUGCAGCGGCAGCGCUCGCUGGAGCCGGCGGCGACGACAGCGGAGGAGGCGGAGACGGGAGUGACCAACGUGAGCGGGCUGCCGAAUGCGGGGUCGCCGGCAGCAGCGGCGGCGGCAGCAGCGCAGCGCGGGAGCAUCCGCCGUCGUCGUGGCAGCCCCAUGCCGGGGAACGGCAGCGGUGCUGGACCCUCCUCGCAGGGCCACGCGAUGCCUGGUCAAAUCCCCGGCCUGCGUGGCAGCAGCAGCAGCGGCAGCGCUGCUCCCCCUGUUCUCGGCGGCCCGAGCAACGCCGCGAACGAGGCGUACUUCGGCAUGAACGAUGCGCUGAACACGAACUGCCAGGCUUUCAUGAAGGAGUUCAUCGACGACUUCAUGGGCGAGACGGAGCGGGUGACACGGUCGGUGGUGCGGCAGGCGUACAUGGACGCGCCGAGCAAGGAGACGCUAGAGAGCGGCGUCGAGCGGGUUUUAGAGUUUCUGCAGUACCUGAACAGCGCGGAGGCGGAUAUCCCUAGCAUGUACAGCACGAGCAACACCCGCGCGGCGUGCCAUCAGGUUCGGCAAAAGUCGCAAUACACACUGAGCAAGAUCAAGGUGUGCUACAAGAUGGUGAACUGCAAGAUACCGUCGUCGCUGACACGGGCGCGGACGGCGCUGAGCACGCUUAAUGGGGUUUCCACACAGCGGCGGUUGAACUCCGUUGCGGUCGUGCCCGAAUCGGGUUCCGUGCGACGACAGAAUGCUUCGUGA